AUGGCAAAGCAAAUAAUGUCUUCUUCAAACUUGUUAUUUUUCUCUCUGGCUCUAGUUAUUAUCACUUUCUUCCCCAUACCACAUUACACUUCUGCUUCUUUCGAGGAAUUCAAUGCUCUUCUUAAAUGGAAAGCAAGCAUUGAAAUCCCAAAAAACUCCUUGCUCUCUUCAUGGAUUCCACUCCCUUUGAACUCCGGUGCAUCAGUUCCUUGCACUUCUUGGUUUGGAGUAGUUUGCAAAUCUGAUGGGAGCAUUGAGAAGUUAAACCUCACAUCAUCUAGAUUAAAGGGUACGCUUCAUCGAUUUUCAAUCUCUUUGCUACCAAAUCUUGUACAUUUUAAUCUCAGUCUAAAUAAUUUCUUUGGCCCCAUCCCACCAGAAAUAAGACACUUGUCCAAACUUGUAUAUCUUGAUUUUUCUUUCAAUAAGUUUUCUGGAGUAAUCCCACAUGAAAUAGGAAACCUGCUCCAACUAACAGUCUUGUACUUAUUCUCAAACAAUAUCUCUUGUCCCAUUCCGAUUGAACUUAAGAAUUUAAAGUCUCUCACUCAUCUUGUGGCGUACAACAAUCAACUUAGUGGUUCUAUUGCUUCAUCGUUGGGUGAUUUGACAUCUUUGAAUAUCCUUUAUUUGUACCAAAAUCAACUCUCUGAUUCCAGUUGA